GCACUCAAAUUUUAUAAACCAUUCCAUAGAGGUAAAGAGCAUCGAGUGAAGAUUGUACCAUUCGACGUGCGCUUCAAAGAGAUCGAGAGUACCGACGAUGACUGCCUACCAGAUUCGGAUCCUGUUCUUCCUGAUGUGCCUAGCUUCUCGAAUACUGAGUUGUCGGUCCUCAGCAGAGAAGAUCCGAUAUUCGGUCCGCAAUACGUUAAUGGAUCCGUGUUCCGAAAUGAAGUUGAUUACCUUGUAUUCAAGACUCGUACCGUAUCAUUAGAGCAUUUAGAUCGAUUUCGUUCAGUUGAUUACAUGCUGGUUAAAACUAUGGUAAUGGACCGUUCAAUACGGGACAGUAUGGCAGUCUCGUGGGGACGAUACUGGAAAAAGCGGAACACGCUUGAGGUUGGACAUCGAGGAAUGGGCUGCUCAUAUACCAAAAUGGCGGCUGCCCGUGAGAAUACAAUUUAUUCACUUAGCGAAGCUGCAAAAAGGGGUGCCGAUUAUGUCGAAUUCGAUGUCCAGCUUACUAAGGAUAUGCAACCGGUCAUUUAUCACGAUUUCCACGUUCUUGUUGAAGUAGCAGGACGGAGACAGAAUUUAUUUCAACCGAAACCACGGCACCACCAACUAGCUAUCAAGGAUCUUAGUCUUGACCAGCUCCAUCUCUUACAACUUGAACAUCCUGCAGAGCGACUGAAUAAGACGUGGAGAGUCACGCCUUCUGAGGAAGAGAUCAACGAGGAGUUUCAUAAUCCAUUUCCUCAUCUGAAGCAGGUCUUGGAGUCCGUAGCUCCCGAUGUCGGGUUCAAUAUCGAAGAUGGUACACACGAAUGCCCAGCAUACAUGGAAAGAAACGAUUUCGUUGACGUCAUUUUGCGUAAUGUACUCGAGCAUGCGGGUAGACGUCGAAUCAUAUUCUCUAGCUUCGACCCUGACGUUUGUAGUUUGAUAACUCUUAAGCAGCACAUUUAUCCUGUUAUAUUUUUGGUUGUCGGACCAACAACGCGGUACACACCCUUUCAGGAUCUCCGUUCGGAUAGCUCAAAAAUCGCCGUGAAUUACGCGGCUGGAAACGGACUUCUAGGCGUUAAUUUUCAUAGUGAAGAGCUACUCCAGGAUGCUUCCCCUCUUCAACGUGCCGAUAAAUUCCGCCUUGUUACAUUUGUAUGGGGUGACGACCUGAAUAUUAUACAGAACCUAGAGUACUUCAAAGGACUUCAAGUUGAUGGUGUCAUCUACGACAGGUAA